AUGUCACAGAAUGCUGACGAGGCAAUCAAAUCGAAGGAGGUAGAAGAUAUUAAGCUACAGAAUCAUAAUUAUCCUUUGAACGAUAGGAGUGACACUGGUAAUGUUGCUGGUGGUGGUGGUGGUAGUGAUGGUGAUAGUGUUAGUUCAUCUGUAGAGAAACGUGAUGAUAUGUGUUACGAAGAGAAACUAUGUACACCGUCAGAGUUUGAAAGUGAAUCGGAUUUGUCGUCGUCGUCAUCAUCGUCCUCAUCGUCAAGCUCUGGUUCAAUCGAUGGUACUCAUCCAUUCCAAAGAACCAAAGACCAGGCAGAGUCAGAAAGAAAACAACAAUUGUAUCUAGAGAUGCUCAAAAGGAAACAAAGGGUAGAACAACAUAAGGAAUCGUUCCUCGAACAACAGCAGAAACAACUGAUACUCGAACAACAACAGAAACAACAAGAACAAAUUGAACAACAAGUGCACGAACAUCACUAG